UCGUGGCGGCCGAGCAUGUGAGUGGCAGGGCCGGCGGCGGCCCGCGGACGAUGCUCGCCCUCCUGGGCGCGAUGGCCCUGGUGCUGGUCGCCGGGGCGCCGUGGGUGUUGCCCGCAGCCGCAGGGGGAACAAAUCUGGAAUCUCCUCGGGAUGUAGAGGUCUAUAUCGUGGAUGACAGCUUUAUCCUGAAGUGGAACAGGGGCAGUGAGUCUCUCAGCAAUGUGACUUUUUCAGUAGAUUAUCAAAUACCUGAGAUGGAUGACUGGACCGAAUUGCCUGGGUGUCAAUAUAUUACUAGUACGCAAUGCGACUUUUCUUCACUCCAGCUAAAUGUUUAUGAUGAACUUAAAUUGCGUAUAAGAGCAGAAAAAGGAAACAACACUUCUCCAUGGUAUGAGGUUGACUCAUUUAUACCAUUUCAUAAAGCUCAAAUUGGUCCUCCAGAAGUGCAUUUAGAAGCUGAAGAUAAGGCAAUAAUAAUCAACAUCUCUCCUCCUGGAACAAAAGAUGGUGUCAUGUGGGCUAUGGAUAGUUCCAGCUUUAUAUAUAACUUAGUUAUCUGGAAAAACUCUUCACCUGCAGAAGAAAGGACUGAAACUGUUUAUCCCACAGAUAAAAUUUAUAAACUCUCCCCAGAGACUACUUAUUGUUUAAAAGUUAAAGCAAGACUACGUAUGCAGAGAAAGGUUGGUUUGUAUAGUCCGGUGUACUGUAUAAAUACCACAGUUGAAAAUAAGCUGCCUCCACCAGAAAACAUACAAAUCGAUGGUAAUAAUCAGAACUAUAUUCUUAAAUGGGAUUACAAAUAUGAAAACCUGACUUUUCAAGCUCAAUGGCUCCAUGCCUAUUUAAAAAAGAUUCCUGGGAAACAUGCAGAUAAAUGGAAACAAAUACCAGACUGUGAAAAUGUCAAGACUACCCAGUGUGUCUUUCCUCAAAGUGUUUUCUCAAGAGGAAUUUACUUUAUCCGUGUACAAGCAUCUAAUGGAAAUAGCACAUCUCUUUGGUCUGAAGAGAAAAAAUUUGAUACUGAAAUACAAACUAUCAUACUUCCUCCAGUUAUUAACCUGAAACCUGUUAAUGAUUCACUGCGUGUCUAUAUCGGUGCCCCAAAAGAGUCUGAAAACAAGUCUGUGGACGAGGAUUACCCGCUCAUUUAUGAAAUUAUCUUUUGGGAAAACACUUCCAAUAUUCAGAAUAAAAUUGUAGAGAAAAAAACUGAUUUUACUUUCCGUAACUUGAAACCGCUGACUGUUUAUUGUGUCAGAGCCAGAGCACUCAUUCAUUAUGAAAAGUGGAAUAAAAGCAGUGGUUUUAGUGACACUGUGUGCGAGAAAACAAAACCAGGAAAUACUUCCAAAACCUUACUUAUUAUAGCUGUGAUUUGCGCUGUAUUACUUAGUAUCCCAGUGGUCGUUUAUGUUGUGAAAGUCGUCUUGAGAUGCGUCAAAUAUGUGUUCUUUCCAUCAAGUAAACCUCCUUCCGCUGUAGAUGAGUGUUUCUCUGAACAUUUACUAAAGAAUCUACUCCUUUCCACUUCUGCGGAGCAAAUUGAAAGAUGUUUUAUAAUCGAAAAUACAAACGCGAUUGCUGCAGUAGAAGAAACUAAUGAUGUUGAUGAAGAUUACAAAAAAUAUAAUUCCCAAACUAGUCAAGAUUCAGGAAACUAUUCUAACGAGGAGGAUAAUAGUGGAAGUGGCAUAAGUGAAGAACUUCUGCUACAGGAAACUCUGUGACCAGAAAUGAACGCGCACACCUCGGGGCAUUUUGUGGGAGUUACACUCGGAGUCUGAGCUGCUUGUCUCUCUCAGUAACUGUCAAGAGGAUAUGUGCUUUUUGGGGAAGAAAAAACAUCUUCAGAUCGUAGAUCCUAAAAAUACAGGCAAGAACGGUUUACAGAUGGAAUUACAGGAAUUUGGAGAAAAGUGUUCUAUAUUCUUUUCCAUGUGUGAAGUCUUGAAAGACAUGUCGCUGGACCUGUCUUGGAUGAGAUGAGUUAAAUCCAGAAGAUGCCGUCUGUCUUUCUAAUGAUAUCUCAAGGACCGCCGUGCCAACUGUUUUGUGGCUAGGGGCAGUAUUUGUGUUCCAAUCAGUUAAUACUGUCGUGGUGCUGCUGGUUGCUGCGUAUAUCGUAGAUUUGUUCUCCAUUCCCAGUAUUAUAGUUCAUUAUUUUU